GCUUACAAUAUAAAAAUUAACUGUUUAUCAUUAAACAACUAAAAAUAAAUAUUAAUAUUUAGAAAAAAUUAGAAUGUUUAUUGAUGAGUUAAAUGUUGCUGGUAGAAAUGGUUAUUUCGCAUUUCUAUCAGGAUAAGCAAGACUUGUGUGCAGGAAGUGGGAGAACGGACAUAGAGCACGUUGAUGUAAAUUUAAAUCAAAAUUUAAAAAUUGUGUAUUCAGAUAAAAGCAUUUGUGAAAGUAAAGUAGUAAUGGAAGAUGUACCAGUAAUAAAUGUUGGAGAAACCACUGCUGCAUCAGAGCCAUCAUUCUCGUGGGCUAAUUACAAAACAUCGCUAUUAAAAAACCCUGUUUCCUCACAUUUGAGAAAAGGGUACAAGAAAGCACCUUUAAGGGACAAGACAUUGAAGUGGGCCUUAAUGAAAACCAAGUUAGCUGAGCUUCAGAAACAAGGGUACGACAUCUUGUUGAAAAAAAAACUUGACUCAUUGGACCACCAAAUGUUAUGUGUGAAGAAAAAAAGCGAGGUACGACUAAAAUGUAUGCUAGAGGAGCAUAAUGUAAGGAUGCUUCUAAUGCAAAAAGAGCACGAGGCACGCCUUGAAGUCCUCGAAUUAGAAAAGGCACUUCUGACAGAAAAAAUAAAAAAACAUGAUUAGAAAAAA